AUGAAAAUGUUCAGUGGUUGGCGUCGUUUUGCUUUUGGUGUUCUAUUAAUUUUAUUCCUUACUCAUCUGUUUUCUGGCAGAGAGCUGAACAAUUCAAAAAUGGCAGAACCCCGUAAACAACUAAACAAGAAAUUUGAUCAUCUGGUUCUUGGUCCUGCUGCUGGCCAAGGCUUGUCAAACCGUUUGCAAUGCCAAGGAUCUAAAGCUCUCAACAGGACCCAUUCUUCAAAUGACAGAUUGGGUGUAGAUGGAAGUAUUACAUUUGUAACUGUCUUUACUAUUUAUAAUUUUUCUCUCGAUAGAAUAGACGAUGAAUCAUCAAAAACAGUUGUUGGCAACACUUCGUAUAAUAAGAUGGACAGGUCAAUGGCUGUGUUGAAUGUCUUCAUUAACUUCAUUCAGGUAGUAAUGCCCCAGAGCGACGUGAUUAUUCUCACAGAUCCAGUUUCUGACCUUUCAGUGCACAGAAAUAGGGUCUCUCUGUAUCCCAUACAAGGUGAAUAUUCAAGAGACAAGUUGAUGCUUCAAAGGAUCAGGUCUUACAUUACCUUUUUAGAAACAAGACUUCACAAGCUUUCUCAGAAUCCGAGGGAUAUCACUCAUUACAUCUUCACUGAUUCUGAUAUAGCAGUGGUUGAUGAUUUAGGGCAGAUUUUCCAUGACCAUCCUAAUUUUCACAUGGCUCUGACCUUCAGGAACAACAAGGGUCAGCCUUUGAAUUCAGGAUUCAUUGCAGUAAGGGGUACUUCUGAUGGAAUUUUAAGGGCAAAGCUUUUCCUACAAGAGGUUUUGAAAAUUUAUGUCUCAAAGUACAUAAAUGCUUCCCGCAUGCUGGGUGAUCAGUUAGCUCUUGCUUGGGUUGUGAAGUCAAAACCUCAUUUUGAUGCCAGCAGGUUUGGCAAAACAGUCGCAUUCUCUGAUGACAUUGGUGGUACUUCAAUAUUGUUCUUACCAUGUGCCAUAUACAACUGGACUCCACCUGAGGGUGCUGGUCAAUUUCAUGGCAUGCCUUUGAAUGUUAAGGUUGUUCAUUUUAAAGGAUCAAGAAAACGUCUAAUGCUUGAAUCAUGGAAUUUUUAUUCAGCAACUCCUGACAUUGCUGAUAUGUUAUGCCUCAUUUUGGGAAGUGGAAGAACAAAAUAUGAUUUUUGA